AUGAGUUCGGACGACGAAAUUUACAAUGAAAACAACGAUUUGGACGAAGAAUUUUCCGAUGAUAUGGACCAGCAAAGCGGCUCGAGUGGUGAAAGUCAAGGAAAAGCGAAUUAUGAAAUUCUCGACCCAACUGCUCUGGAAUCCGACAUGAGCAAGACAAUCUCCGAAGUGCAGGCAAUUCUUCAAGUGGAGCCAGGAAUCUGUCGGAUUCUCCUUCACAAAUUCAAAUGGAACAAGGAUCGACUGCUGGACAAGUUCUACGAGCAUUCCGACACAACCGAGUUUCUCGCCGAAGCUCAGGUCAUUCCGAAGACGUCGUCGUCGGAAGAAGCCGCCGGAUCCUCAGCACCACCACCCGGAGGAGACGCUGAAUGUGAUGUGUGCUGCUCGAUGACGAGGCUUUCAGGCCUGGCGUGUGCUCACCGAGCUUGUGACGAGUGCUGGAAAGCCUAUUUGACAGAGAAGAUUGUGGAUGUUGGACAGAGUGAAAUCGAGUGUAUGAUGAUGGAUUGCAAGUUGCUUAUCGAGGAUGAGAAGGUAAUGUCAUACAUAACGGAUCCAUUCGUCAUUGCCGCCUAUCGAAAGCUCAUAAUCUCGAGCUACGUCGAGACGAACAGUCAACUCAAAUGGUGCCCGGGCGCCGGCUGUGGAAAAGCCGUCAAAGGAGAGCCCAGCGACCGGGAGCCAGCCGUAUGCACGUGCGGAGAGCGCUUCUGCUUCGCGUGUGCUCAGGAUUGGCACGACCCGCUCAGUUGUCGGCACAUGAAGAUGUGGCGGAAAAAGUGUAGUGACGAUAGUGAGACGUUGAAUUGGAUUAAUGCGAACACGAAACCGUGUCCAAAGUGUUCAGUGACAAUUGAGAAGAAUGGUGGAUGUAAUCAUAUGUCAUGCAAGAGCUCAUCGUGUAGAUAUGAAUUCUGUUGGUUGUGUCUUGGAGAUUGGAAGAAUCAUGCGCAAUGCAAUAGAUACGUGGAAGACGACAACAAGACUGACUCUCGUUCGCUAUCGAGAAAGAAUCUACAACGAUAUCUUUUCUACUAUAAUAGAUUCAUGGCCCAUCAGAAUAGUAUGAAGUUGGAGGGAAAGCUCUACGCGAAAGUGGAAGUAAAAAUGGACCUAAUGCAGGCACUCUCAAUGUCAUGGAUCGAAGUUCAAUUCCUUCGACGAGCGGUCGAUGCGCUUUGCGAGUGUCGCCGUACGCUGAAAUAUGCCUACGCCUUCGCCUACUACCUGGAGGCGAACAAUAUGACGACACUGUUCGAGACGAAUCAAAGUGAUCUCGAAUUGGCGACCGAGCAGCUGUCCGGGAUGUUGGAAGGCGAUUUGGAGGAUAAUGAUUUGGCCGAACUGAAGCGGAAGGUCCAAGACAAGUACCGCUACGUGGAGCUCCGCCGCAAAAAGAUGCUCGAUCAUUGUGCCGAAGGUGUCGAGCUUGAUAGUUGGGUGUUCUGCGAGUAAUUAAUCAUUUUAAUAUUUCUAUGUAUAUUUAUUUGAAAUCUAUCGAUCUCGUAUCAUUUUGUUCUUAUCCUACUCUUCUCUUAUAUCAACUGACACCCGAUAAAUAUAAAUUCUCACUAUGAUAA